AAUUUGGGCACCUAAAAGAUAAAUUAAUAGGAAUAGGGACCCUACUGCUAUCUAUUUUCUCUCCGGUGAGCAAUGACCAUUAAAAAUUCAUAUUUAAUAAUUUUGUGACUUCUUUGUUCUUAACUUCCUUUGGUGAUCCAGCCAUGAACGCCGUGCCCAUUUCUCCAGCUGAUCUACUACAAGACCAAAUCAACGGUAGUGAUUCCGACACGAAUCUCGAUGAGGACGACGCUCCCGAAUACUACGAGCCGAUUUCCGCCGUCGCUGAUGAUGACAACGACGAUGAAGAAGAAGAUCGUACUCGAACCAGAGAGAACGGACACGUAGACGAUACAACUGGAUUUCACUCUAAUGGUGAUUAUUACGCGAGGCAAUUUGAGAAUGGAGUGUCGUCCCUCAAUCUGAAUAACGACGAUUUAGAACUUAGCAAGAGCAGUAGCGAAGCCGAAGAUGAAGAAGAGGAGAGCAUGGGAGAAGAUGAUGACACAGCAGCGAUGAGAGCUUUCAGAGAGGACGAGAUUCGGAGAAACGCGCCAUUGACGACUGAGAAUGCUACGAGGGUUAUGGAGGCUAUGCGCGGUAUUUCGUUCAGUGGUGUGGCUCCAGAUUGGGCGGACAGCGUCUCUGGGAACCACUUGAUCGACCACCUUCGCAGACUCAGGCAGCCACCACCGCAAACUUAGUGCUUAGACCAUAUUCCUUGUAGUUCGAUAUUCGGGUUCUCGAUUGUGUGUGUGUUUGAAGUUGGCUAGGUGAUUAUGUCUACAAUGUAAUGUGUUGUAUGUUAGAGCUCAUAUGAUUUGAUUACUUUUUUUUCUUUUCUAUGACAUGAUAUUCAAGUAGAAUCAAACUAUUUGCUCAAGUAAAAGUAAUCAAUUGUUCUGUGAUCGCCCAAACUAAAUGCAAAACUCAUUUUGUAAAAA